GUAAAUAAUGGCGACAGUCGCGGGAACGAAUUGAAGAGCAACGUGUUAUAAAAUCGGAUAUCAGGAUGUUGAAUAAUUAAGAUGAAUAAACGAGAGUCUGAAGGAGGACCACCACCAAAACUAUGUCUUCCAUUUGGAUGGAAAGUCAUUACAUCUAAAACAUACCCUGACAGAGUCUACUAUUUUAAUACAAGAACGAAUGUAUCUGCAUGGGAUCAGCCAACACUUGUUACAGAGAAAGAAUAUCUAGCGUCAAUACCGCCAGACGAACGGUCAGCAAAAAGGGCGGCGGCUCAGAAACAAGUACAGAAGGAACGAGGAAAACCCCAGAUACAGACACCUGCAUUGCGUGACAGACACAAUCCACUAGGCUCACCUGUACAUGCAAACCAAAAUCAGUACACGGCUAAAACACCCACAAAAUCUGGUAAGGAUUUUAUUAGACCCGAUCAAAGUACUGGUAGUUCUGGAUUUAUCGACGAUUCAGUAUUUUCUCCAGAUUCUGACCACCAAUUUCACAGUGACAACGAAAAUGAUUUGGAACUUCGACCUGAGCUCAGUGAUCUUCAGAAACAGAUUUUGGAAAAUGAGGAGAUUGAAACACAAUUGGAAAACAAAAAACAAAAUGUAGUUGUGUCUCGGGCGGAUAAAUAUAAGGAAGACACUUCACCCAUGACAUUCUCCGUGUCUGAUAGUCUGCGAACCUUAAAAGGAAGUGCCAGUAUAUCCCACAAAUCAAAAAGCAGAAAAAUGAAUCCAGAAAAACCCAAGACAAUGACAUUCUCUCUAGCAGAUAAUUUGAAAAUGAUUCGUGCUGAAAAUCAAGAAGAAGAAGCAAAUGAAUACUCUGAUCGUGAACCUAUGACGUUUUCUUUAGCCGAUAAUUUAAAGACGCUCAGAGAAAUGGAAACUAGAAGUAAGAAAUCCUCAAAAAAACUCGAAAUUAAAAACGAACAUAAAAACACUUCGGAAAAAUCAGCAAUGACAUUUUCUCUUGCUAGUAUUCUGAAAAAUAUUCGGGAAAAUGAUGAAUCAGCUGAAGCCAUUCCUAAUCAAAAUGAUACCCCGUCCAAAGAACAACCCAUUCGAUCAUGUGCGAAGACUUCCAGAAUUGUGGUAACGUGUACUGUGCCACGUUCAGAUCCUUCCAACUCUCUUCCGCAGUCUUUUGGUAAAAAAGAUAGACCAUUUUCUAGUCGCUAUAAUAACAAACAAAAACCCAAAUAUCAGAAAAAAAACUUGACAACUACUGACCAUAAGUCAAAUAGUUCUACGUUUGAACUUUUCACUCGAAAAAGACGAUUUGAAAAUCUUACUAAUGAUGGUGCUGAAAUAAAGUUAAAAAUAUCCAGGGACGAAACUAGUGAUAGAAAAAUCGUCUGUGCUGACGAAAAACCAGGGUUGGCCACGAACGAUUUACGAUUUAAAUUGAAACAAAAACAAGGAAUGUAUUCUGUGGCAAAAGACGAAGAUCAAGUGGAAGAAACUGUUGAAUUACCAGCUCCGAAAAAACAUGAGAUUCAGUCGUGGAUAAAUAGUAUAGCAGAAGCAGAUCCAGUGCCGAGUGUGUGUGAUUUUCCGCAAAGUCCCAUCUCCAAAACAUCGAGUAAGUCUGACGGUUCUAGUGUUUCGAGUAAAGAUAGAAGGGUAGUUUUAUCAACUGAGUGUAAUAACAACAAUGUACCGUACGACAGUGGUUACUCAACCAGUACUGGCUUAACUAUUGGUGCUGCAGUGGCAUUAUCACACACUAAAGACACGGAAGUAAAUGAUGGAGAAGAAGAAGGAAUGGAAAUUGAUGAUGAUGAUGAUGAUAUCAAUGAAGAUGAGGUUGAGAUGAUGAUUGUAGACUUACAAGAAGUGCGUGAAGAAAUAAGAUCAUUUCCAGAUCAGUUAGAUGAAGCUAUAAAUGAUGAUAUUAUGCCAAUUAAAGAUUUUAAAAAUAAGAAUUUAUAUCUGAUAAUAGACACCAAUAUACUGGUACAAAGUUUAAAAUUCCUACAGAAUAUUCUAGAAACAGUCAUAGAAGGAUUUGGUCUACCAUAUAUAGUAAUACCAUGGAUUGUGAUGCAAGAAUUAGAUUAUAUAAAAGAUGGUAAAUCACGACACAAUGUAAAUCAGUUUACUAAGGAUAAAGCAUUUAAAGCUGUAAAAUUUCUGUUUUCCUGUCUACAAUCUGGUCAUCCCAGGGUCAGAGGUCAAACACCAGCUGAUUCCCAGCAGAUAGUAGAAGGUUUACCUAUAGAUUGUAAUGAUGAUAGAGUAUUACAGUGUUAUCUUAGACAUCAUAUCAAAUAUCCUAAUGCUUGUAUUGUACUAUUAACAGAUGAUAUAAAUCUAUGUAAUAAAGCCAGUAUUAAUCAUAUGCAAGCCUUUACUAAAAACACAGUAUUCAGUGGUUUAAAAAAUCUAGUAAAACAUCAUGGCAUUUCAUCGUACAGAAAACAUAUAUCUCAAGCGUGUAUGUUGCAGCCUUCUCCAUCUCCUUCCCAGUCAUCCUAUAGUACAAUUAUACCAGAACAUCCAGUCAUCACUACACCUGGUGGGAUCUCGUCAUUUAAACAAGAACAUCCAGCCAUCACUACACCUGGCGGGAUCUCGCAGUUUGAUAAAAGAAAAUUGGUUGAUGAGAUUUUAUGUCAAGUAAAAGAAGAAAUAAAAACCGGACUAAGUGUGGUGCUCGAGACAGAAAUGAAAGAUGCUUUCAAUAAUAUUUGGAAGUCUGUUGUAUAUCGCAAACCACCGUGGUCAGCUCUAGAUAUCAUGGAAUGUUUUCAAAAACAUUGGAUGGCCGUAUUUGGAAUGAUAUUACCAAGGAAGAAAGAAUAUCUAGUUAAUGAUAUAGUUGAUAAAGUAAAAAAUCCAGAUAUGAGUGUAGAAGAUGUGAAAAAUUUAAUAGAGAUGGUAACUGCAUUUAUGACAGUUUGUGAAACCAGACAAUCAUAUAAUGGUAUUUUAAGAACGUGUAAAAGAAACUUAGAUGACCUUCUGUCUAAAUGUACUCCAGUUAAACAAUCAAAAUCAAUCAGAUUUCAUUCCCCACCAAGUUCUUCUUUAGCUGUUGAUGAUUUAUCAGAGAUUGAGUCAAUGACUGAUGAAGAAGAUCUAUUAACUAGUCUUCAAGAUAGAUUUCAGCUGAUCUGGUCUACUAUCAAUGACUUCUGCAACCAUUUACCUCAACUGGAUGAUCCUGCCUUUAAUUUAUCCCUGAUUAUACCAGUAAUAACUGAGUUAAAACAACUGUUUUCAUCCUGCCUAACUAUAUCACCACAAGAUGUUCACCUGAAUAGGGGAAAGUUUGAAAGUUUUACCCACUGUUUGAACGCCUUCUUCUCUAGAAUAAAUUUAAAGUCCCCAAGGCCAUUAACUACUCAGACUGUUGUGUGCUAUUUUACCAAUCCAAGUAAGAGGGAAAUUCUAGAAGGUGGAUUACUACAAUUAGACAGAAUGAUUCUAAAUAUUCACAACUAUGUACAGACAUUAUGAUAAAUCAUAUUAUGUACAUACAUUAUGAUAAAUCAUAUUUGUCUUUCUUUAUGUGGUCUUUCAAUUCCAUUGUUGCCAAGAUUAUCCAGAGGAGCCUUAUA